AUGAUAAAGUUUAAAGAAGCUUCCAUUUUGUUAUCACACAAGAAUGCAUACCUUCAAUAUAACUUAUAUUUUAAAAAAAUAAGAUGUGUGUACCACAAGAUAUACAGAAGGCAUAUGAACAGUUUAAAUAGUUUUAUAGACAUUUUAAGCUUUAGAAAUGAAGAUGAUAUUGAAUAUAAAAAAGUUGAAGAUCUUAGUAAAUAUAUCGAAGUUAUUAAAAUAAAUAAAAGUCCUAUGAAUGAAACAAAAUAUUAUGGAUAUAAUUUUAAAGAAGAGUAUAAUUUUUUAGAUGAACAUGGUAAUAUAAAAGAAUAUAUAUAUAAUGAAAAUAAAAAAUUAUUAUAUAAAAAUUAUGAAAAAGAAUAUAUACAUAUCCCACCAUUUGUUUUAACAAAAUUAUGUGAAUAUGCUUUUAAAGAAAUAUUAUUUUUUUUGAAUAAAAAACAUUUAAAACAAUUACAACAUAUUUUACAAGAUAAAGAAUCAAGUAAAAAUGAUAAAUAUGUGGCUAUGACAUUAAUAAAAAAUGCAAUCAUAAGUUCUGAACAGAAAUUACCAGGUUGUCAAGAUACAGGAACUGCAAUCAUUUUAGGAAAAAAAGAUGAAGAUAUAUUAACCACAUAUGAACAUAAAUAUCUUACCUUAGGUGUAUAUAAUGCUUAUAAAUAUAAUAACUUUCGUUAUAGCCAAUUAUCUCCAUUAAAUAUGUUCAAUGAAGUUAAUACAAAAAAUAAUUUACCAUGUCAAAUUGAAAUAUAUACAAAUAUUAAAAAAGAAAAAUUACAUGAAGUUCAACAAAAUGAAUAUCCUAACCAUAUGAAAGAUAUACAAAAUAAUAAUAAUGUUAAACAUAAUAAGGACAUAACAACCAGACAAAUAGAUUCAAAAGAAAAUCAAAAAUCAACAAAGAAACAAAAUGUUGACUUUCUUUAUGAUGGGCCUAAAUAUGAACUUAUUUUUAUAGCUAAAGGAGGUGGAAGUGCCAACAAAACAUUUUUAUUUCAACAAACCAAAAGUAUAUUAAAUGAAGAAAAUUUAUAUAAUUUCUUAUUAGAUAAAAUUAAAGAAAUAGGUACUUCUGCAUGCCCACCAUAUCAUUUAGCAAUUGUUAUCGGUGGCUUAUCAGCAGAAAUGAAUUUAAAAAUGGUUAAGUUAGCCUCAUGUAGAUAUUUGGAUAAUUUGAAAACAGAAGGAGGAAUAUAUGGAAAAGCUUUUAGAGAUUUAGAAAGUGAAAAAAUUAUUCUACAGAAAGCUCAAAGUUUAGGUAUUGGUGCACAAUUUGGUGGAAAAUAUUUUGUACAUGAUGUUAGAGUUAUUAGAUUACCUAGACAUUCUGCAUCUUGUCCUAUCGGUAUAGGUGUUUCAUGUUCAGCUGAUAGACAAAUAAAAUGUCUUAUUAAUAAAAACGGUGUUUUUAUGCAAAUGCUAGAACAUGAACCAAUCAAAUAUUUACCCGAAAUUACUUUUAAAGAUCUAAAUCAAGAAAAUGCUGUUAAAAUUGAUUUAAAUCAAAAUAUGGAACAAACAUUAAAAACCUUAUCUAAAUAUCCAACCUCUACAUUAGUACUCUUAACAGGUAAACUUGUUGUUGCUAGAGAUAGUGCACAUAAAAAAAUUGUAGAUCAAUUUAUUAAUGAUAAUGUUCCUAUACCUGAAUAUUUUAAAAAAUAUCCUAUUUAUUAUGCUGGACCAGCUAAAACACCUGAUAAUUAUGCAAGUGGCUCCUUUGGACCAACCACGGCUGGGAGAAUGGAUGCCUAUGCCGAGGUUCUAAUGAAAAACAACGCAUCGCUUAUAUCAUUAGCAAAAGGUAAUAGAUCUGCUGUUGUUAGAAAUGCUUGUAAAAAAUAUAAUGGAUUCUAUUUGGGGAGUAUAGGAGGACCAGGUGCUAUUUUAGCUAAAAAUAAUAUCAAAAAUGUGCAGGUUAUUGAUUUUAAGGACAUGGGCAUGGAAGCCGUUCAUUUAAUUGACGUCGUUGAUUUUCCCGCAUUUAUUGUUAUAGAUAACAAAGGCAAUGAUUUUUAUAAUAAAUGGUUACCAUCAUAA